AAAUCGUUCUGGUUAUAGAAGGCUGGCAGCUUUGCGAAAAUUUGUGUGAUAAAAAGUUGUUAAUUAUUUUGCAGAGGUUCCCGAAUAUUCUUUGAGUGAAAAAGUGCAAUUUGUUCAAGUUUUGCUCACGGCACCGUGCAAAUAUAUUGGGUUGCAUUAAACAAGUACCAUGGAUAAGAUGAAUGUGCAUUCAAUCGUGGCGACAGCCGCCGAAAUUGGGGGUCCAAAAAAGCAGGCCACCGAAAUGACGGUGAAGAGUCUACAGGAUUGCUGCAAGUCUGUGAUCGAGAAAAAUUCCCUCAAACGUGUCGGUAAGGCAUCGAUACCCUCCUCUGCCGGACCAAAGAAGGAAACGUACGCCGGGGCUGCCGAAUUUCUGAUGCCGGCCGAAAAGGCAGCCAUCGCCCAUGGCCGCCUUGAAUGCGGCGUUCCAUUUGGCCAGCGAUAUGAAGAUGUGCCUCAUUCCGCAAAAUAAUUUGGAGGAUUUUCCAAUCCGUAAUAUCCAGAAGGAUUAGCAUUUCAACAUUCGACUUUAACCCCUUAAACAAAAAUAUAACCACACAUUCUUUAGCUUCAGAGAAUUUCAUAAGUAGCUUAAAUCAAAAUUAUAUUAUUUAGAUCAUCUUAGAAAUCUUUUUUUUUUGUCACUUGUCGCUUAAUUGAGGUGUUUAAAUGGUAAAACGAAUAAUAUAAUAAUCGACUUUGGUACAUAAUACAUAAUUUUUUUGGAAUCGCUUAAGCGAUAAAUGAGUCAAUUUUUGGAAAUAUUAAACAGAUAACUAUUCAAAUUUAGC